CCUACUUGCCCGCAGCACAGUAGCUUGCCCAAAGGUUCGAGAACGUCUCCUCAGAAGCUAUUCUAGUGCUGGGCCAGAUCAUAGAUGGCGGAACUGGCCAACGUGAACUCCACCAAUCACGCUUGCGUUUCUUAAUUGUACCACAUUAACGGACGAAAGCCCAUGUUUGUGAUUGUACGAGACUGGGGAAGGGGCACUAGGGGAUUUGUUCUGCGGAACUUUUCAACGGACAGUUCCCUUGUUUCUUCCCAAAACUUUCUUGAAAAAUCAAUUUGUGUUGAAGCUAGACACUCGACGUUGAAUCCACCAUUGAAGGCGCCAGUAGUAUGUGAUCAUGACACUCACAACUCGCGAUGGUGACCAGACGAGUUUUGUAGAUCCCAGCCUCCAGCUGAACCUGGGAUUAUGGUUGCUUUUCGCCGGCGCGACACUGUUACUGGCCACAAGAGUCUGGGUCAAGGUAACCCGUUCAAACCUGUGGUAUGACGACUACAUCCUCCUGGUUUCAUGGGGAGUCCUUUUGGCCAACGAUGCAUUGAUAUCUUGGGAGUACGCUCACGGCUACGUCAGCGCGACCGGCGACUGGGAUACACACAUGCACAUUCUCAUCAACAUAUCAUCAUGUGGCACGCUCAUGGGCCAGGCGUGGAGUAAGACCGCGUUGGGCGUAACGUUGCUCCGCAUGAGCAAUCAGUUACAGGCUGCCAUCAUCUGGGCGUCUAUUUUCAUCAUGAACAUCUACAUGAUCGCCAAGUGCAUUCUCCAAUGGGCAAAGGUCUGCGACGGGACCAAGGACUAUCAGGCGUCAUAUCGCUUGAAUUUCUGUAUUUAUGCCGAUUUUCGUGAUGAUUUCAAGGAAGGUGGUCAAAUUGUCAAUAUCAUCAUGGAUUUUCUGUUUGCACUUUUUCCCUGGUGGAUUACAUGGCGUCUCAAUUUGAAGAAGAUGGAAAAGUUCGCGCUUUGCGUGACAAUGAGCCUUGGUAUGGUAGUCGCAAUAGUCUCAGCAGUACGCACUGCUUGGAAAGAUGACGGAAAUAAGCAUAAUCCUUGGUAUUAUUGGCACAACGGAAUGUCAAAUAUUUGGUACUCGUCCGAGGUUGCGGGUACGAUUAUGGUGCAGUGCAUACCAGUUCUACGACCAUUAGUCAGGCAAUUGGGCAACUCAAUGGCGUCUCGGAAGCUGCCUUCGACGGAAGAUGGGGCGACUGCAGCGACAUGGCAACGCUACGGGUACGAGGCGAAGGUAAUGUCCAACACAGGAAGACAACGAGAGUUCACAACCAAAGAGUCAAUAAGGCUACAGACGCUGUGA